UAGAGAAAGUAGAUAUGAUACUCUUGCCUUUGUUCUUUUCUUUAAGCUCUCCUUCACGUUUCCGGGCUUAUAUAAGCCUUUAAUGCUGAAAGGAUCUGAAGUAAUCGAAUCCUUCAUAAUCGUUAUCAGAAACCAACUAACUUUGUAAUCGAAUCCUUCAUAAUCGUUAUCAGAAACCAACUUACUUUCAAGUUUUUCUUUCCCCAUUAUGUUCUCUUCCUUGUUGGUUGAUAUGAGACUUUCAAAUUCAAAUCUUUCAAGUUUCAACUCAAAGCUUUAGCUUUAAUGUUCCAUGACGAAACGUUAAAACUUUUGAAUCGAACGUUACUGUUGAGACCUGAGAGUGCUUUUCGGGUUACGGUCACUCAGUAAAGUAGAAGGAGAUGCAGCAUUUGUCUUCUACUUUUGUGUUUGUGUUGAACUGUAACUUUUCUAGCUAAGAUUUGCUUAAAUUUAUACUGCGCUUAAUCAGCUAGUGAUUGAAAAUUUCCCUUCUCCUAUUUGGGUUUGAUCUUGACAGUAAAAUUGAUCCAGAGGAUAGAAGUGGAGAGGAGGGUAGGAUGAUAAGCUUUGGGAUGGGAUGACUCGAUUUCCUCAGGAGAUCUCAAAUUUUCCUUCGAUAAAAAAACAGAGGGAAAGGAAAAUUUUCUGGAUAAUUUUUUGGCGCUUGUUCGAGAGCUACCCACUUGGUGGAAAUCAAACAUUAGAGUUCGAGAACUUCUGAGAUUCUGAAAACCCAGAAAUCUUUUAUGGAUUCUGUUCUUUGUUCCAGCUCUCUUUACAAACGGUUGAAAAGGUGGCGGGUUUCCCAAUAGAGAAGAAGGAAAUUUUAGCUUUAGUUAGGAUUAUUGAAACGAUAUGAUUUUUGGUUGUUCCUGGGUGGUUGGUAACUUCUUCGAAUGAAGAGUGUUCGGUUGGGUAUGAAUUCAAUUAGAUUUUUUUUUUCUCAGUUAUUUCUUUGGGGAUUUCCUUCUGAGUUCAAUUUUUAUUGACAUGCAAUAAAAAACAGAGACCCUGGACUUAUUUGUUUGAUUCAAUUAGUGGAGCCUUUUAAUUUUAUUUGAUCUAUCGAAUUAUUCUGGUUGUGAAAUGAGUUUCUUAUAAACUGUUUCUUUCCCGGAAAAUGUGAUGAGGGUUUUGUUUGGCAAGUUCCACUGCCCUUCUUUCAUUUGCUUUUGCAAACCUUCUCAUCUACUUUCUCCUUCCCCAUUGAAAUUAGAGAACAGCCCACAUGUUCCUUCUCCUUUAUCUCCAGUUCCUGAUGUUGUGGAGUUAUCUGGUGAGAGGAUUGAGGUAAAGAAUGAAAGCUUUGAUGGGAAUCAAGUUGAAAAUCCAAAAAGCAGUCUCAAGAAGCCGUCCUCAGAACCAAGGGUUCCAAAAGAGAUUGAGAAGAAAAGAGUUCAGUGGAUGGAUUUCUUGGGGAAAGAACUUGUUGAGAUAGAGGAGUUUGAAGCCAGUGAAUCAGGAGAUUCAGAUGAUGAAGGUGACGGUAGUCGAGGCUGUGUUUGUGUUAUUCAGUGACUGUGAUUAUUCCGCUUGCCUCAGUACCCCUUUGGCUAUGGCAUUGACAGGAGUACAGCAACUCCAAUUCUCUUGGCAUCCAUGUUCAGGUCCUGUAUCCUUUGAGGUCAAGUCUCUGAACAUGUGGCCUCAUGUUUAUGAUGUGAACAUCAACGAAAUUGAGCUGCAAGGGUGAGCUCAAAAGAAAGCAUUAUCAUUGCUUUACAAUGUUCAAAAGAAAGUUUUUCCAGUGCAUCACGAUAUCCAAUGGAAUUCUCUUCAAGCAUGGAAUUUCAUUUAGAGAGCUGCACUGAAUGCAGGAUCCAUUCCUUCCAUUGUUUUCUCACCAGGAUCUGAAUCAGGAAUCUUGUUUGAGUUCAAGUUUAAUGCAAUGCUUUUCUUUUCUGUUAAAGUUUAAAAUGAUUAAAAAAAGUAUUCAUUUAUUUCUUUUAGAUUCUUGACUUGGUUUUGCAUUUGAUUGUAAAACCCAGCACUAACUCAGUAUCCCACAUCAAUGAACAUGUUAAAAUUUCCGUUCA